CAGCAAUACUGCAUUCAAUGAUCACAUGUUUGGACCGAAAAGUAAACCAAAUAUUUGUGCAAAUCUUCAGUGAUUUUGGUUUCGGCCGCAAAGCAUAUGAUUAAAGACGUGAACCAACAGAUGGACGACGAGAGACAACUCGACGACUGUAUGGACGACACGGAAGAAGACAUCGAAAUCAUCGAAAACGAAGACAUCGAGGACUUGGAUGCGAGCGAUGAGGAGGCGGACGAAGACUUUGUCGACGAGUCGACGCAAGUGUUCAGUGGACACGAGAAAGCGGUUCUCUGUUGCGGUCUAAGCGGCGACAAGAGGUACGCCGUCAGCGGCGGCGAAGACGACAAGGCUUUCGUCUGGCGGACCGACGACUCGGGCGUUGUCUUCGAGGCCAUCGGACACAAGGAGUCCGUGGUUUGCGUCGGAUUUAACUCAAACGACACACACGUGGCCACCGCUGACAUGAAUGGCUUGAUUCAGGUGUGGACUAUGAGUGGAGAGAAGGUGUUUGACUUCGAGGUCGACGAAAUCAAUUGGAUGUCGUGGCACCCGAUAGCCCACAACGUGCUGAUGGCGGGAACCGCUGCCGGCGACGCCUGGAUGUGGAAACUGAACCCAUCGCUCACCGCCGACUGCAAGACGUUUCAGAGUUUCGGUAAAUCCAAUUGUGUCGCCAAAUGCCUGUCCGAUGGGAAGCGUAUUGCAAUGGGUUAUGAAGACGGAGUGAUCCGCAUAUGGGAUCUCAAGACAGUGUCCGUCAUUCACGCCAUAAGCGACUUUAGCGCACAUAAGGCAACGGUGACGGCACUCGACUGUAUGUCCGACGACACGCUCAUCGGUUCCGGUUCUCUGGACUCGACGGCCAAACUGGUGAACACUGUGACGGGCAAAGUGGUGGCGACCUUCCAGUGCUCCAACACUCCCCAGGAUAGCGACGAAGACGUCGAUUCGGUCGAAAGCAUUGGAUUGAAUUCAGCGCUCUCUGUGUUGGCGACGGGAACCGUUGAGGGAUCGGUAGAUAUUUGGGACAUCUCUACGCAAAUUAAGCGCCACUCCUGCAAACACAGCACCGGUAUCUCGAAGUUGCUGUGGGAUCACAAUAGUCCGCAUUUGUUAUAUACGGCCGGUUUGGACGGCGUUCUCAACGUUUUUGACUCCAGAAGCGGCGAACUAAUGGGCACUAAAAGAGGUCAUUCCCAUCAUAUCCUCGACUUUUGCAUAUCCAGGGACUCGAGUAUCGCGUUAACCGCUUCCGAAGACAAUUCGUGCAAAUUAUUCUCACUUUNUCGCGUUAACCGCUUCCGAAGACAAUUCGUGCAAAUUAUUCUCACUUUCUUAAGAGUGUGUUAUGAAUGA